AUGUUCCUCUCAAAAUCUCUCUUCUCAUCAUCCUCUCAAAAGUCUGCUUCCAAGGUUUUGAACCAAACCGUGUAUCAAGCACUCGUGAAUAAUCAAAAGAGAACUCUCUUGCUCAACAAGACUACCCGAGUGAUCUGCCAAGGAGUUACCGGUAAACAAGGAACAUUCCAUACCAAACAAGCCAUUGAAUACGGUACCAAGAUGGUUGGUGGUGUUCAUCCACAAAAAGGAGGUACUACUCACCCAAAUAUUGAUGGACUUCCAAUCUUUGCUAGCGUGAAAGAGGCUAGAGAGAAGGUCGGUGCAAGUGCCAGCGUUAUCUAUGUUCCACCAUCAGGAGCUGCUCAAGCUAUUUUGGAGAGUAUUGAUGCUGAGAUGCCUUUGAUUGUUUGUAUUACUGAGGGUAUUCCACAACAUGAUAUGCUCGUCGUCAAACAAGCACUCAACGAAAAGAAUCUCGAAAUGUUCCGUAAAUAUGGACCUCCACGUCAAGUCGAAGCUGAAGUUGCCAAGGGAAAGACUCUUGAUGAAAUUUACAAGCCAUCCUUUGGUAAGAUUGGUAAUGCUGUUCUCGGAAAGGGAUCUGAUCUCGCACUCUAUCGUAAAUUGGUUGAAGGAGCUCCAGAAUACGGAAAUGAUAUGCACAUUCGUUUGGUUGGUCCAAACUGUCCUGGUGUCAUUAAACCUGAGGAAUCCAAGAUUGGUAUCAUGCCUGGCUACAUUCACAGAAAGGGUAAGAUUGGUAUCGUCUCUCGUUCAGGUACUUUGACCUAUGAAGCUGUUUCUCAGACCACUGCUGCCAAUUUGGGUCAAUCUACUUGUGUUGGUAUUGGUGGUGAUCCAUUCAAUGGUACUAACUUUAUUCAAGUUUUGGACUUGUUCUUGAAUGAUCCAGAGACUGAGGGUAUUAUCAUGAUUGGUGAAAUUGGUGGUCAAGCUGAGGAAGAUGCUGCUGCCUUCUUGAAGAAUCAUCCAAUUAAGAAGCCAGUAGUUGGUUUCAUUGCUGGUGUUACUGCUCCACCUGGACGUAGAAUGGGUCACGCUGGUGCUGUGAUUAGCGGUGGUAAGGGUGACGCUCCAUCAAAGAUUAAGGCUUUGGAAGAGGCUGGAGUUGUUGUUUCAAGAUCUCCUGCUCGUCUCGGUGAAACUAUGAAACAAGUGAUGGAACAAUGGUCCAAGAAGAAGUAA